GGAGGGAGUAGUACAGCAGCCACAGGAACCAUUCACCAUACAGGUCAAAGCCCUUCCAGUGGAGGGCAAAGCUCUCGACCCAACCUACCUCAACAACAUAUUGUGACUAUGAGUAAUCAAACGCCUAAAAGCACUAGUUCAUUAGUUGGGGCUAGUAGCUCAGCUUCGGUUUCCACUAGCAGAGCUCCAAUGGAUUCAAAACCCCCAGCUUUAAAUUUAACUUUUCCAAACUUAACUGCAUUAGGUAACCAGACUGGUCCAUCUCCCAAGAAGAAAAUUAAGUUGGAAGAAAAACCUGCAGCUACCCAUGAGAUAGCAAAUCAUAGGAAAUUGAUAUUAGAUCUUAAGUAUAAAAGUAUGUUGGAUAUAAAGGAACCAUACAUAGAUAAUUUGACAGAAAUGUUCUUCCUUCAAAAUGGAGGGAAUUUGAUGGAUUUUCUUGCAUGGAAGAAAAGGCCAACUCCUCAAUUAGUUCACUUUCUGAAAUCUGGGAGUUUGGAUAGUGAUGAUGAAGAGGAGAGUAGUUUGGAGAGGAAAAUUAAUAAUGAAGUUAAGGUCAUCACAUGUAGUGGAAGCAAUGUUCCACUGGCUACACCUGUAGCUAUAUCAACCACAUUACCCCCGUCAGUAGCUGCCCUGAAUCAACAAGCAGGGUUUGAUCCGCGCCGCCCAGGGGGACGACAUGGAAUGAUUUUUGGUCAUGUGCAGCAUCUAUCACAACCUCCUACUAUACUCCCUAUACUUCAAGCUGGUCCCAUCAUUCUGCCAGGUACAGGUGCGGUCACUACUGAUAGCUUAGCUGCGAAGAGUACCACUCAGUCUGUACCAGCUCAAAAGAUUGUUACCACAACAAGUAUGACCACAGUAACUUUGGCAACUCCUCUGUCAAUGCCACAGCUUCACAGUCAUCUAGCCAAGGCAAUCACAGACAGCAAGCCUCCAGCUGCUCAGACAUCCUCAACCAAGUCAAAUGUGACUGCAGCCUCACCGAUAGUAUCUGUAUCAACUCCUGUUGUUAAAACUACAAAAUCACCCCCAAUAUCUCCCAAUGUUCAACAGCCCAAGACACCAACUAUAUCAGGGGUUUAUGAUGGUGCACCAGGUGUGGGAACACAGGAGGCAAUAGUUGAAAGAGCAAAACAGGAGGCACAGGUGAUGCAGAGAGUUUCUGAACUGAGAAAGGAAGGACUGUGGUCAACAAGGAGACUACCCAAAGUGCAGGAACCUCCUAGAAACAAAGGGCAUUGGGAUUAUCUGUUGGAAGAAAUGCAGUGGUUAGCUGCAGACUUUGCCCAAGAAAGGAAAUGGAAGAAGGCAGCUGCAAGAAAGGUAGCAAAAAUGGUAUCAAAGUAUUUCCAAGAUCUUGAGCAGAAAGAAAUAAGAGCAGAGAAGGAAGAGGGUCUGAAACUAAAGAAAAUAGCUAGCCAGAUGGCUAAACAGAUCCGGGAGUUCUGGACCAAUAUUGAAAAGGUGGUGCAGUACAAAGCUCAAGCAAGACUUGAGGAGAAAAGGAAGAAGGCUUUAGACUUGCACCUUAACUUUAUUGUUGACCAAACAGAGAAGUAUUCUACAUGGCUUACAGAAGGAUUAAAGAAGGAAGGGACUUCCAUAGGAAGUGGGUCCAAUGUAGCAACUCCAGCCCACAGUGAUGCAGGAGAUGAAGAAUUCAGACCAGCAAAAGAAGAUGAAUCUGAUGAUGAGGAGACUAUUGAAAAAGAAGAAGCUGAACAAGAUCCACUGAAUACCAAAGCAGAAUUAGAUGCUUUACAGAAGGAGAGUGAAUUACCCUUUGAGGAACUUUUAAAAACAUUGCCAAAAGAGGUUCUGGAGAAUCCAGUUCCUGUACAUUCUGAUGAGGCUGAUGAAGAGGAUAAGAAAGAUACAGAAUUUAAAGCAACUGAGGAUGAAAAAGAUGAAGAAGACACAAUUGCUGAACAAGAGAAACAUGAAAAGAAGAUAGAUUAUUCCAAAGAACUGAGUGAUCUGAAGGAUGAAAAUGAAAUGACCAUGGAGGAACUGUAUCAAAAAUAUGCAGGGGCUUAUGACAGUGAUUUUGAAAUGCCAGAGGAGGAGGAGGACAGUGAAGAUGAAGAUUCAGAUGAUGAUGAGGAAGAGGAGGAUGAAAGUGAAGAAGAGGAGGAGGAGGAAGAAGAUGAAGAAAGUAUGGAAGAAGAGAGUACAGAGAAGGAUGAUGUUGGGUUGGAAUUCUUGACACAGAAAGAUGAGGAUUCUAAAUCUCAGGGUGAUUUUGAUCAGGAAGGUCCAGGCAAAGAAAUCACUGAUAUUGCAGCACAAGCUCAAAGUCUUCAACCCAAGGGAUACACUCUAGAAACAACCACUGUUAAAACAGCUGUGCCAUUCUUAUUGAAACAUACUUUACGAGAAUAUCAACAUGUUGGUCUGAACUGGCUUGCCACUAUGUAUGAGCAGAGAUUAAAUGGAAUUUUGGCUGAUGAAAUGGGUCUUGGAAAGACGAUUCAGACUAUUGCAUUGCUGGCUCAUUUGGCUUGCGAGAAAGGUAUAUGGGGACCCCAUUUGAUUGUUGUUCCAACAAGUGUAAUGCUUAAUUGGGAGAUGGAAAUCAAAAAAUGGUGUCCAGCAUUCAAAAUACUCACCUACUAUGGAUCUCUUAAGGAAAGGAAGUUAAAAAGACAGGGUUGGACCAAAACCAAUGCCUUUCAUAUCUGUAUAACAUCUUAUAAACUUGUUAUACAAGACCAUCAGUCUUUCAGGAGAAAGAAGUGGAAGUAUUUCAUCUUAGAUGAGGCUCAAAACAUCAAAAACUUCAAGUCUCAAAGAUGGCAGACCCUCCUGAACUUUUCAAGUCAGAGACGAUUGCUUCUGACCGGGACUCCUCUUCAGAAUAGUUUGAUGGAAUUGUGGUCACUGAUGCAUUUCCUUAUGCCUCAUGUGUUUCAGUCUCACAGAGAAUUUAAAGAGUGGUUUGCUAAUCCUCUGACAGGGAUGAUAGAGGGGAGUCAUGAAUACAAUGAAAGUCUCAUUAAAAGAUUACACAAGGUACUAAGACCAUUUUUACUGCGUCGAUUAAAGAAAGAUGUUGAAAAGCAGAUGCCAAAAAAAUAUGAGCAUGUGGUUAUGUGCCAUUUGUCUAAACGACAAAGAUACCUUUAUGAUGAUUUCAUGUCACAGACAAAAACUAAAGAAACCCUGGCUAGUGGACAUUUUAUGAGUGUUAUCAACAUCUUAAUGCAGUUGAGAAAAGUGUGUAAUCAUCCAAGUCUCUUUGAUCCAAGGCCAAUUGUAUCACCAUUCAAAACUGAAGGCAUUGACUACUUUGUUCCAUCACUGGUGCUGAAUUGCUUGAACUAUGAUCCUUUCAAGGAUAUUGAUCUACAUUCACUUUAUCCCAGUUUGGCUGACAUGGAGUUAAAUUUACCAGCUUUUGUGGCACACAGAGUUAAAAAACUACAGACUCCAAGAGUUUUGAUUGAGGAAAUUGAUAGUCAAGAAGAGCCUCCAUCUAGACCCCCUACUGGUAAACUGAAACCAGUGAUCUUUAAAGGCAUUGCUCCUGUUCAGCCAACUGGAAGAGCCUCUCCCACUACAUCUGAAAAAUCCACACCAGCCUCUCCAGCGGUACAAUCUGCAAUGAAGACAGAAACAGUAAAUGGAAUUCAAGUAGAAAAUGCCCACACUCCAGUUACAAAUGCAACUGCUACAGUACAACCUCCAGUCAAAGUUCUUGGACAAUCAGCUGGACAGACAGGAGUUCAGCAGCCUCUCACUGUUCACAUUCAACAGACAGAUCAGGGAGCUCGUCUGAUGAUUCCUGCAGGCCAGUUGUCUCAGUUACCAGCUGGAUUCAUUCAGAUUGUGCAGACUUCCACAGGACAGCAGAUUAUAGCUACAUCUACCCCUAUGUCUACUUCUAGUCAAAUCUUAGCCAGCAUUCCUACAUCCUCUGUACAAGCUCUAAGUGUGGCUACAACCUCCUCCACUGUUGUUAAUGGCCCACCAACAAUUACAACAGUAGCUUCUUCUACGUCCAGUACUUUGGUAACGAGUGUGAAUGCCCAGGUGAAGACGACUCCAGCAGUUCAGCUGCCAUCUAGUACCACCAUUGUGACCGGAGCCAGGCCUGUGAUGAGAGUGUCCCCAUUGUCAUCCAUAGCUCCAGUCACAUCCACUCAGGACCCCUCAGUUUCCAAGCCGUCCACAGCACAGGUGACAACUACGAUGUCUCAUAGUUCAACCAAGAUGUCGGUGUUAGACUGUGAAAAUCUGCACAACAAAAGCUCACGGUUUUACAUGGAAUCUCUGACAUCAAAGCUUCAAGAUCUGAGGAAGCAGAAAUUGGAGUACAUAGCCAAGGUUAAUAAAAGGAGGUGUGAAUGUAAGCCAGUGUAUGGACAAGAUUUGUGUGAUGCAGUGGAUGUUUUUAAAGACAUGAACAAAACUUCUGUGAAAGAUAAUACAUGGAAGGGACUUGGUAUGGCAUAUUGUCGUAAUGUGAAAUGUUGGAGAAAUCCAAAUCAUCCCGAUAUUUAUUGGAAACAGACCACAGUGCUUUCAGAACUAGUUCAUUCCCCAAUGGAUUAUUUAUGUGAAUUGAAAGAUAUUCUUUCUAGGUUUGUGUUUGUGACACCAUCAAUAGUGUCACCUCAAAUACAGCUUCAUGCUUCACAUCCGUCUCCAUCCUACCUCAAUCAGCAAAGGAGAACUGAAUUCUGUCUCAGACAACACAUCUCACCCCAAACUGAAUGUCUUCAUCAAAUCUCAUCUAGGAUGAGUGUACAGUUUCCAGAGCUACGGUUGAUCCAGUAUGAUUGUGGAAAGUUGCAGACAAUGGAUAUCUUGUUGAGACAACUAAAGUCAGAAAAUCAUAGAGUGCUUAUAUUCACCCAAAUGACCAAAAUGUUGAACAUUCUGGAAGCCUUUUUGAAUUUCCAUGGCCAUAGGUAUCUACGACUAGAUGGUACCACAAAGGUGGAUCAAAGACAGUUCCUUAUGGAUCGCUUCAAUGCAGACAAGCGUAUAUUUGCUUUCAUUUUGUCCACUCGUUCUGGAGGUAUUGGUGUGAACUUGACAGGGGCAGAUACUGUGAUAUUUUAUGACAGUGAUUGGAAUCCAACAAUGGAUGCCCAGGCACAGGACAGGUGUCACAGAAUCGGACAGACCAGAGAUGUUCAUAUCUACAGAUUGAUUAGUGAGCGGACUGUAGAAGAAAACAUCCUAAAGAAAGCAAACCAGAAGAGAAUGCUUGGGGACAUGGCAAUUGAAGGAGGAAACUUUACUACUGCUUUCUUCAAAGAGCAGACCAUACAGGAAUUGUUUACUGAACCGUCAGGUCUGCAGAGUUUGGCAGAUGAGAUAACAGAGAAUGAAAAAGUGAAAGAGACUGUGACAGAGAUGAAGGAAGAAACAAAGGCAGGAGGAGAUGCAAAGGAAGAAAACAUGGUGCAAUCAGAGAAAAACGUAAUGGCUCAGUUUGAAAAGGUUCUGGCAAAGGCUGAAGAUGAAACAGAUGCCCAGGCAGUAGAUCUUGUCAAAGCUGAACAGAAAGCAGAACUGGCCGAGUUUGAUGAAAACAUUCCAUGGGAUGAAAGAGAAGCAGAGCUGAAGAAAGAAGAAGAGCUCUCUAAAGUGGAGCAGGAAAUUGCCAUGCUUGACAAAGAGCUUACUCCAGUAGAAAGAUAUGCAGUCAACUUCAUGGAGCUUGAAAUGGACCCGAUGGAGGAGUUGGAAAUGGGAGAGGAGGACAUAGAAAAUGUCAAGAAAGACUGGGAACUUGGAAGACUCAAAGCAUUGAAAGAAGAAGAAGAAAGAAGAGCAGAGUUGGAGGAAGAUGAAAUGUUGUACAUUUACUACAGGGAUGAUACAUACAACCAGGUGAAGAAAAAGUCCAAGAAAGCCCAGAAGGCAAACAAAACACCAGCCAAAAUUGUCACCCCAUCCCGUAUUACCCCUGCCAGAAAUAAGGCUAAGCAAUUUAAUGAUGAUGAGUAUAUUCCAUCUUCUGGCAGAGCUAUCAAAGUUACACCAAAAGUGACAGCUACAAAAAAUACAAUCUCUCCAAGGUUAAAUGUAGGACGAAAUAGAAGGGCUAACAAAGUUUUAGCUAAAGCUGAGGCUGUUGUAGUGGAUGAAGAGGGAGAUGGUGCUAUCAAUGUUACCUUUAAGUGUAAACCCAAAUCUGCCAAAGCUAACAAAAAAGUUCUAAUUGAUAACAAUGUUACUAUUCCAAAUGAUGAAUCAGAACCAGCUGUUGAUACUACUCCAAAGUUAGUACUACAGCAAAAGAAAGGUCGAGGGAGACCCUCCAUUCUUAAGCAGGGUAAAGGAAAGACCCCAGACAAGGUUGCUGCAAUCCCACAAGUUCCUGUGAUAAUAAGUACUGCCUCACCCCAGAAAACAGUACAAUUGUCACAGGUCCAAGUUCAACAGGUUCAGGCUCAAAUAGCCAAAGCUCAACAAAACUCUGCCUCUCAACCAACAAUAGCCCAGCUCAUGUAUCAAGCACACCAGCAGCAACCUUCAAUCCAGUUUGCAAGGCAGUCUGCCCCUACUUUGCCCCACCAGCUCAAUAACACUUCACAGCUGUUGUCCUCAUCCCAACUGCAACACCUUAAACAGAUCAUUUCUAAAGCUGCUCAUACAAACCUUGCCAAAAUUGCUCCUCCAAAAGCAAACCCAGCGGGUGUUGUCCAGGUUGGUCAGCAAAACUUGGUUCAACAGUUAAAUGUCAAGUCUGCUCAAAACCAACCAGCCAUUCAGCUGGUUGGACAGACUUCUGUUAUUCCUCAACCUCAGACUGUUGCAGUUUCCCCUCAGGUUGCCCAGAUUGUCAGUCAAGGUCCAGGACAAACCAUUCAGUAUAUAACACAACCAACUCAGGUUGCAACUCCACGCCCGGUCCAAGCUAUACAACAGGUGGUGUCUCGCAAUAGUGCAGGACAACCCACCUUACAAUUUAUCAAGGUCAAUGCAUCAAAUGCACAACAACCAGUGUUGCAGUAUGUUAACACUUCUGCAGGCACUGCAGGUCAAGUUAGAAUACAGAACACUGCCCCUCAAAAUCAGCAGGGGGUGGUGUUCCUACAACUUGGUGGAGGUAAAGCUAUUCCAGUGUCCUUAAGUCAGGGAUCACCACUGUCUGUUCCAAUGGCCAGACUAGUGACAAGCAGGAAUGUAGCAAAUGGUAACCAGAAAGUUGCUCAUGUUGUACAACAGAAUGCUAUACCCCAACAGUAUAUUGCAAGAAACAUACAGCCCACAAGAAUAUCUGCACCUAUAUCAAGGUUCCAAACGGCUGCUGCAGCAAGCCAAAGCAACCCUGCCCCACCAGUAUCUAGUCCUCAGCCCUCCAACUUACCCACUGUUGUACAACAGGCGAGGUACAGAAUUCCCAAAAUCAGUCAGCAGCAGCCCAAAGAAAAUCCUGUCCCAAGUACACCGCCCACAUCUUCCCCAUUUUGGAAUCCCAAUCUUGUAAUACGUACCAGAAAGGCUGCUGCACAGCCUGGUGUUUCUAGGGAAGAAGUAGAGCAGGGAGAGACUAGUGACAAUCUUCCUUUUGUGAUAGGGAAACCUAACCCACCCACCCCACAGACAAGUACUAAUGGUGGGUCUCCCAAUCAGUUCAUUAGUUUACUAAGAGCUGGAGUGGCCUCUGGCCAGGUGUCCAAUGUUGUGAUAAAACAAAAUGCUAUUAUAUCCUCUCAGGGGAUGGUGGUUACAAGUCAAGCUAAUAGUGAGACUCAAGUAACAACCAAUGGACCUCUGGCUAAUCAGGUGAAUGAUGUCAGCGUCUUCCUCUCUGAUGUUGAUCAGGAGAAAAUGCCUCUGUGGGCUCCUCCUACCCCGCCUCAUGAUGACAAUGACAUCUACUUGGAUCAAAGUCUUUUGUUCCUGUAUGAACCUAAUGUGAUGCCAGAGACCCAGCUUCCACCUGUGUACAUCAAGAAGGAGCACAAGAAACCCAAGAUUGAAUCCAUCACAACUCGCCAGAAGAAACAGCGAAAAGAGGAGCAAACUCGAGUGCCUCGGUCAUUGUUUGAUCGUCCUUCAGCGCAGUUGUUGAAGAUUCGAAGGGAGCACAAACAAAAGAGUGGCCUUCUGAAGCCUUUCAGGCCUGUUCCUCCACCCAUUGUCAAACCUAAUGUAGAUACUUCAGAUCACCCAGAAUGGCUCAUCCAUGAGGACUGGGCUCUCUUACAGGCUGUGCAAAGCUUGUUUGAUGUUCCUUUAAACUUGCUGGUUGUGUCUCCUGCACAUCACCCAAACUGGGAUCUGGUGGCUGAUGUUGUCAACACAUGCAGUCGUGUGUACAGGUCAGCCAAGCAGUGUAAGAAUAGAUAUGAGAAUGUCAUCAUUCCAAGGGAAGAGGGCAGAAUUCUUUAUGAUAUCAACCCCAGAAAACAGAGCAAAAAAACAAAGGGGAUAUACAAAACAAAGAACAAUCGACCAAUGAGAACAAGUCAGUUGUAUAUCCAAGACAACAAUCAGGCUGUUACCAUGUUGUAUUCCUUCCGUUUUGAGUCGGCUAAACAGAUUGCAGGAAAGAGGCCCCCACCCCUGAAGCAAACUCUGGUUAAUCCCACCCUGAAAAAUCCCAAGCAUGCUACAGUGUUGUCAGAGAAUAAUAUUAACUAUGACCAGCCCUUAAAUCCUAUGAGUGUGGCCGAAAUUCGAGCUCAGAGGAUACAGAGGGAGAAAAAACAAAACCAGGCCGCUGCUCAAGCCACGGCAGACCAGCAAUUAGCAGCGCAGAGAUCUGUUGUUCAAACAGCUACCACAACGGGUACCACAGUGGUACAGCAGACCACCACCUCAGUGGCAGUGGCUCCAGUGGCGCAACCCAUUCAAACAGCAGUUGUCUCCUCAGCUGUUCUGCAGACUGGAGUGGUACAGAAGGCAGCAGCUGUAGGACAGGUGGCAGUGACUAGGACAGCCACAGGAAACAUUGUGGUCAACACUCAGGGAGGGGUCCCCACUAAUUUUGCUGCCAUCAACAGAAGGAUGAGUCAACAGGCCACUGUAGCUUCCAUAGCUCAACCGGCCACUGUGACAGUUGCUGGGGCAAUUACACCAGCUAACAUCAGGGCCCAGAGAACAGCAGCUCCUCUCACAAUACAAGAGAUAACAGCCAUAGCCUCCCAACCUCAGACACAGGUCACGACCUCCAUAGCAACAGGUCCCCAGGUGGCCAGGACACAGCUACAAACCACGGUGACUGGAGCACAGCUUGCCACAGUUCAGAGGACUAAUACAGGCCAGCAAUUAACACAGCAAACGGUGACGAAAAACUUGACUCCUCAACAGUUGUUACAGCUGCAGCAGAGACAGCAAAAUCUGAUUAAUCAGCAGAAAAUGCAGCAACAACAGGUGCAACAACAGCAGCAACUCCGGAUGCAGAAACUUAAUCUAACGCAACAACAGUUAAAGCAGCUUCAACAGCAGGGUAGGGCCCAGAAAACUGUGAUUGCUCAGCAGCUUGUGACGGGUGUUGGCCAGCUGACAGCAGCACAGCUGAUUCCUCAAGCUCAAGUGCAGCAUAUAACGCAAUCAGCAACAGUGGCGGGGACUUCUGGAACACUGGUUAAGACUGUGUCAGCCCCGGGGAUCCCAGUCAGCACUGUCAACAUUAAUGUCAGUGUGCCACAACAGAAAGGCGUAGUGGGUAAAUCUGCCACUGUAAGCCAGAUUCCACAAGCAAAAAUUCAACAUAUCCAACAGAUUCAGCAGCAAAUGAGGCAUCAACUUAAGCAACCACAGAAAAUCACAUCUGUAGGUCAACAAGUUGCAAAAGGACAGAGUUUCCCUCUGAAUGCUGUCCAAAUCAUCCAGCAGCCCGCUUCAGGUGCAACAGGACGACAUCUUACCUAUUCUUUACAACAAUUCAUGCAGCAAAACAAAGGUUCUGGCAUGAUCAUUACAUCUCAACCUAUCAUCACGACAGUAACGCAAAGUCAACAGCCCACUGGACAGAUGGUGACCAAGGUACUUCCUACCUCAGCAGUUCCCACAACCCACCUCCAGACCUUGUCUGCUACACCUAUCUCUGUAACUCAUGUGUCAGCUGUACAAGCCUCAAAUGUGACAGCUCAGCCAGUUGCCACCUCGAUCAGUCUCACAGGAGUAGGUGGUCAAGCAGGUAAACCACUGACGGUCACUACUGUAGCUCAAGAUGCCAGCACAGGCACAACCAUACAAGUACAGCCAGCAACAGCAGCAACUCAACAAGGAUCACAGACCACAACACAACAGUUAAUACCACAGACUCAGGUUGUCCAGCAGGUGCCUGUAGCAUCUCACACGCCACAGAAAAUUCUUACGCAGACGGCCCACCAAAUACAGGUCACUCCUGGGUCCAUUCAGCAAGUGCAGGCUGGCAACGUAGCUCAAGCUGUGUCUGCUACUCCUACAGCAGUGACAUUAACCAUAACUCCGGCUGCUCAGUCUGUCCCCAGCACUGGCACACUGAUCCAGCAGCCGGUGGUGGUGACACAGGCUGUCCAGGCCACAUCACAGCCCAGCACGGUCACUUCUCAGGCAGCACUAGCAGCAGCUGCAGCCCUACCUUCCACAACGGUGACCAUAGCUUCUGCUGUCCAGUCUUCCACUCAAUCACAGCAGACAACACCAGGGUCUGCCAAACCAGCGGCUCCUUACGCCAUGAGAACCAGAAACCAUCCCAAAACAUGAAUAACAUUUAGACCCAAAGGUGUGUAUAAAACAUAACAUCAUUGUUGUUACACUGCCAUUCACCUUAUGGACUCAAGUUGGACAGGUUGUGCUCUAUUGAUCAUGCAGUUUAUUGUAAAAUAAUCAUGAAAAUUUAAUGUGGUCUUUGAAGUAUAUCAGAUUUCAAUGCAGGGUUUUCUACUGUAAAAUAAGCAAUGUUUUAUAUCAUUUUCACCGUGUGUAUAUAUACACAUAUUUUGUACAAAGAAAAAAGGUUGCUUUGUAGAUAAAUAUGUAUUUAAUGUAAAAACUAAAAUUUUUAAUAGGGGUUAUUUCAAAUUGAUAUUUGCAUAAGAAACCUUGCAGAUGUACAUGGAUAAGGUUAAGUCAAGAUUACUGUACAGGCUACUCUUUUGACUUGGUAUUUGUGUCAUGUAAUUUCUUUUUUAUACAAAAAUGUUUGUAUAAAUACCUUAGAUAUACCUAAAAAAUAAAAAUUGAAACUUGAAGAAA